GAGAGAGAGAGAGGAGCUGUUUUCUUGUGUGUAUUCAAGUGCAAGAGUGUAGAGAGAGGAGGGCUAUUUUGAAUGCGCACCUCAGUGAGGAAGAGCGAGAGAGAGAGAGAGAGGGAGGGAGGAAAGGAGGAGAGAGGGACGACUGUGUUGAAUGUGUCACAAGGAGAGAAAUCAAAUUGGUGCGUGAAAUCUGUGUGACUUAAACACAGGGUUCUCUGUUUCCAAGGGUGAGAGGGAGGGAGUAGGCAAAGGAGAAAGUGAAGGAGAGAGAGAGAGAGAGUGACAGACAGAAGGCUACAGAGAAUGAGGCAAUGACAAUCACAUUUAUCCACUCACUCAGGAAGCAGAUAAAGAAAACUACUGAGCCUCUUGCCUCUUCAGUUCUCCAGCUGAAUCCAUAAAAGUGCACAAAAGAGAGAUCAACUGCAUCGCUGAGGAAACUGAAAACUGUCGCUAAGCUGACUGAAACAGAAAGACACACACACACACACACACAUCAUUUCUCUUUUCCGUUCUCCGUACCAAAAAAUUGAGUGUGUGUCAAUGUGUGCUGAUUGGCAUUGACUGUAACUGGCUCUCCUUCUCACUAUACAAAGAGCUGUGGGUAGUUUGAAGAGUUAAAGAGUUGUAUUAACACACAUUCAGGCACAUAUUUCUGAGAUUCCUGAAACGACACAGGAUUUUCCCGCAAGACCAUGACGUCACAUGGCAAGCUAAGGAAGGAGAAGGGGUGUCUGGCAGAGUAUGAGACACAGAUCAAAGAGGUGCGUAGUCAGCUUUCAGAGCAGCUGAAGGUACUGGAUGCACAGCUGGAGCAGAAGACGCAGCAGCUCCAGGAUCUCAGUGAUUAUCUUCGCCGUCGGGGGGAGAUCGAGGCUGAAUAUGCACGCUCACUGGAAAAACUCAGCGAGAGGUUCACCCUCAAGACCAAAAAGAAGGAGCUUACAGACCAAUCUGUGUCCCAGUGCUGGUCAGUGCUGCUGACCCAGACCAAGCAGGAGAGCCGAGACCAUAGCUCACUCAGUGAGAUCUGCACCACCACCUUCACACAGCGCCUGUCUCACUGCAUCGAGGACACACAACGUCUGGCAAAGAAGAGUAAAGAAGUGGGUCUGCAGAUGCAGGAUGAACUUCUGAAGGUCACCAUAGAACUGCAGACGGCCCUAAAAACUUAUCACCAGUAUCACUCCGAAUGUCUUGCCGCUGAGGGCAAACUUAAGGAAGCCGCACGACUUGAGGAGAAACAGACUGGCAAGGCAUCUGAACUCAGUGUCGGCCAGUCAGGAGGGCAGAGGCGCAGCUCAGUGAAGAAGAUGGAGAGGCUAAUGGAAAAGAGGCAAGGGAAAGUACAAGAGACUCAGCUGAAGUGCACUAAAGCUCGCAACGAUUACCUGCUCAACCUCUCGGCAGCCAACGCUGCCAUGAACAAGUACUAUCUUGAAGACAUAUGCACUCUGAUUGACUGCACGGAUCUUGGCUACCACCUGUCCGUGACACGGGUGAUGCGUGGCUACCUGGCCAACAGGAACCGGGGACAUCAGAACCUGAAGAAUGGGCUACAGCAGCUUGAAAAUUCAGUGAGUGCUUUGGACCAGGGCCAUGACCGAGAUGCCCUGCUGCAGGCCCACAACGCAGCCUUCUGCCUGCCGUUCCACUUUCAGCACCAGCCGCACGAGGGAGACCAGGUUUGUGAGGUGAGUGCCGACUGCCAGGUGAGGUAUGAGAUGGAAACCAGAUACCAGCAGUUGCAGUCCAGACUCUCUACCGUUACCCUGGAAACAGAUGAGGUCAGUAAAACCCUUAAGGCGACCUACGCUGCUCUACUGGAGAGCAUCUGCGACGAUGACUGUAACCCUGUUUCUGACGUCUCAGCCAGUCUAUCGCAGGAGAGCACAGGUGAUGGCCCUAACACCAAGCUGAGCUUAACCAAGCGCCGAGCGAAUCAGCAGGAAACAGAGAUCUUCUAUUUUAACAAAGUAAAGGAGUAUCUCAGUGGUAGCUCUCUCAUUUCUAAACUCCAGGCCAAACAUGAUCUGUUGAAGGAGGCCAUAGAGAAAGCUGAGGCAGUCGACAGAGAUCCCUCCAGAACGCCGUCUGGUAGGUCAGUGCGUGUGCGGAAAGCCAGGCCUUGCUCCCAGUAUCACCACAAACUCUUCUCUGGAGACAUGCUGUCCUUCAUCCAGAGCUCUGGGCAGCAGAUCCCCUUAGUGGUGGAAAGCUGUAUUCGCUUCAUCAACCUCCAUGGUCUGCAUCAUGAGGGCAUAUUCAGAGUGCCGGGUUCUCAGAGCGAAGUCAAUAAUAUCCGAGAUGCAUUUGAAAGAGGGGAAGACCCUUUGACAGACAGCGAAUGCGACAUUGACUCAGUAGCAGGAGUUCUAAAACUGUAUUUCAGAGACCUGGAGAAACCUCUCUUCCCAGAGGAGAGCUUCAGUCAGCUGAUGGAGUGUGUCCAAAUUGAGAACAUGGCAGAAAGCGCAGCUCAGAUGAAGCUAGUGGUCUCAUCCUUCCCCAGACCCGUCAUCAUAGUGAUGCGCUAUCUGUUUGCCUUCCUCCAUCAUGUUUCUCAGUACAGUGAUGAGAACAUGAUGCAGCCCUAUAACCUGGCUGUGUGCUUCGGGCCCAGUCUGCUAAGAGGUGGGGCUGAGUCAGGUGACGCAGUGACUCUGCAGCCCCAGAUUAAUGCCCUGGUUAAGAACAUGAUCCUCCAGCAUGAGAGCAUCUUCCCUGGUCCUGCUGAGCUUCCAGGCCCUGUCUAUGAGAAAUGCAUGACCCUGGAGCAAGAAUACUGUGAACCUAUUACAGAGGAGGGUGAAGGAGAGACUGAGCAUGCUCCAAGUGAAGAUGAAUGGGAAGCUGUGGCUAUGUUUGAUUAUGUUGCACGGUCUCCAGCCGAGCUGUCCUUCAAGCAGGGGGACCACGUCCUACUCCACAGCAAGGCCUCUCCUGACUGGUGGAAAGGAGAAGUAGGAGGAGUCAAAGGCCUCAUUCCUCAUAAGUACAUCAGUGUGCCUGAGGGGGUGGAGCGAAAGCAAGACAGAGGGAAGAGGGAGGACAGCAAAGGAGGCAGCACAGGAAAUCUAGCUGAUGAGCAGCAGCCUGAACACAGCACUCGCAUGCGGGUAAACAGUGAUAGUGCGUCACUGCCGGGAAGGCAGCGGACCUCCAGUGGAAGUGCUGUUGUGGUAGGAGAUGGAGGGAGUAGUGGAAACAUCAGUCCAAUACGUAAAUUCCCAAUUCAGGUACCAGAGGGCCGGCUCUUCUUCCCACCGCAAUCACCUGGCAUGGCCCGGCAACUCACAGGUCUACAUGAACGGAGACAUACCUUGGACAGCGUCAGGCCCAUUGGAGGAGCAGCAGAGAAACAGGCAGUGCAGUCAGUUGAUAAGGAGGUCACCCGGCAGAUGAACUCAGUGUUCAAAGAGCUCCUUUCCCGGCAGCCUCCUCAAGACAGUAAUGUUUCACCAGCAAUGUCCUCCUCCUCUUCCUCUUCCACUCCCUCCACAGUGUCUAGUGCACCUAAUCGGCAGUCCAUAAAGAAGCAAACAGGAUUCAGCCUGCGUAGCCGAGGCCUCUUUAAACCCUCUGACCAGCAGGACUGAUGGAGGAGGGACAAAAGAAAGAGCGCAGAAAAUGCAUGAAUUUAAGGCAAGGGCAAAAGCUAACAUACAGCAGAGAUUAAUAUAUUUUUUCUAAAGUAUUUGA